CUAUUGUUUUAUCAAAGUAGGCUUUUCGAUGAGAGGAAGAAGGGUGAAUCAUGAUCCAAAACCAAUUCAUCUAUUCACAACUAUACUACUUGAUGAAUGUUUAUGGUUAGUUAUUCAACAACUUGUUUGAAAAGAUUUAUCUUCAUUUAUGCUUUACAAAACUUUGUGCUAUUAUUGUGGGUAGAACCAAAGUCAUUCAUUCAUUACAACGGUUGGGCAAUGCCUCCGAAAAAACAAGAACCGCAGAAAAAAGGAAAAACGGUCGAAAAAGAAAAACAAAAAAUUGUAGAAGAUAAAACUUUUGGUCUGAAAAAUAAAAACAAAAGUAAAAAGGUGCAGUCUUAUGUACAGCAAGUGAAGAAACAAGCAGCACAAAAGGUCGAAGGAAACAAGCCUCGGCGAAAAGAAGAGGAAGAACAGAAAAAAAUGUCCAAGAAAGCUUUAUUGGAAGCUCGUGCAGCAGAACUAGGACUCAUUAUGAAGCCGGUUAAAGAAAAAGAAAAAACAGAGGAAAUAUCAGAAGAGGAGAAAAGAAGACAAGAGGAGGAACUGGAACGCCAGCGAAUCGCCAACUUACCAAUAGAAGAACAGAUUGAAGAACACAGAAAGAAGUUAGACACUACCAAAAAGGUGACAAAAGAGAUCUUCAGCGAAUGGCUUCAAAAUAGGACAGAGCAAGUUUCGGACAAGAAAAAGAAGAGUCAAUCAGCGAAAGGAAAAGCUGCACCUUUGACUGGUCGGGAACUUUUCACUAAACAGAAAGAGUUGUUUGUUGAUGAUGAAGAUGCAGAUACUGUGAAAUAUGAAAGACCGUUGGUUUAUGAAGACAGUGAUGAAGAAGAAGAUAGAUAUCCGUUAGAAGAAGAGAAAGAGUCAAAUCAGAUGGAAGAACGGCAAACUGAAAAAGAAGUACAACAACUCACAGAUAAUCUAAACAGAACCUCGCUAAACUAUCAAAUGUAGAGAAUAUCUUUAAAGCUGUUAUAACAAGACAUUUUGAA